ACCGGAGCAGCAGAAGCGAGAGCCCAAACGCCUUCAAGUCCGCCUUCGAACCCAGCCGUGGUUGGAGGCGACGCGAAAGAGGAGUGGAGACGAGUCAACGAGCGAUGAGGCCCCGCGAGCGAGACGAAGACGAGGAGGCGCCGCCUUCGGAACCCUCGCCCGCGCCGCCCCCGAGACGGGCCGGCGGUGGCCUCAGCAGCAUGGUGGUUCGCCCACCCGAGAGCGGCGAGGGGGAGGACGACGAGGAGCCCCGGGACUAUGGCGCCGUGGUCCGCCGCCGCGAUUCCCCGCAGCAACGCCGGGACUCGUUGCCUCCCGCCCGGCGCCGCUUCUCGCCGCAGGAUCAGCGCCGGCGCGAACCCUCGCCGGGCCUCCGACGUCGCGACUCCCCGCCGACAUUCCGCCGCCGGGGCUCACCCAUCGAUGUCCGCCGCCGUGGCGGUUCCCCGGGGUUCCACUCCCGCUACCAGCGGUUCCACGGCGGCCCAGGUUCUGUUUCUCCUCGACGACAAAGAUUGGACGGUCAGCAUGAUCUAGAUUUUGACAGCUCAAUGGGACGACACAUUGGUCGUGGUUUCCGAGGUGGCAGAGCAGGUGGCAGGUUUCGAGAGGCUUCACCUGGUUAUGGGCAUGGAAGGGGUGGAAGGUCAACAGGGAGAGGCUACAAUGCAUCUAGAUGGCCAGUUUCUGAUGGAGAAUAUGUUCACAGAAAUGAUCCAAACUUGUCCCCCCGGGAAGGUGAUUGGAUUUGCCAAAACCCCUUUUGUGGGAAUCUGAAUUUUGCACGAAGGACUCACUGUAACAAUUGCAACAAGUACCGCUAUGGACCUGAGCUCGAUGGACCCAGCCGUAGUCCUCGGAGGGGCUACUUCAAGUCCCCUCCCCUUCGCGGGUCUCCACCAAGAAUCGUAGGUCCAGCCAACCAUGGUCUCCGCGAUGACUUGGACAGAUACAGAUCACCACGGGGUUGGGGUGUCGAGGAUCUCAGAGACUUUGGACCUAGAUCACCACCCCCAGCACGUGGAGGAAAAUUUCUGGACAUGCGCAGGGAGAGGCUAGACUAUCAUGAUGAUCUCGGGUACAGGCAAAGACGCAAAUUUGACUGGCCAGCACCUGAAUGGGAAGGGAGGGACAGUAAUCGAGAUGGAUUCGUUGCAGACAGAAGAGGUUAUGAUCGGCGUCCACCAUCACCUCGUGGACGGUGGAUUUCAAGGGAGAGGAGCCGCUCACCGAUAGGAAGCCGUCCACUGAGGGGUGCUUACAUGGGUCGAGGGCGAGAUGAUCGUCAGUACGAUUCGCACUUGGGUCAUAGCCAAGCUGAUGAUUUAGGCAUUGGUCGUGGGAGGGGGUAUCGGCAGGCUGAAUCUUUACCAGGCCGAAGCCAUAUUGAUCGACGAGGCAUUGCCCGAGGUAGGAAUGAUGACAUCUACUGAGUGGUAGAUUAAAAAAAGAAAAAAAAACUGAUGGUUCAAUUGGCGGAACCGUGUUUUGACAGGUUGCUUUUACAGAGAAUUCCUUGUUGCUGCUCCAGCUUAGUCAGUGUUUGUCUAUCAUGUCUAAGAAUUUUGGUGGGUGUAGUUUGUCCAACCUAUUAUCUAGACCUUCAUGACUGUCUUGGAGACCUUGAUGGGCCGAUUCCAACAGGAAGAAUAUUUGGUGUAUUUUCUUUUUUUUUUUGUUGCGAAAUGAUGUUUUACAUUUUUGUGACCUUGGCGUAUAAUUUUUGUUCUUAAUGUUAGUGGCAGUAGUUCAUCUCUUCUGA